AUGUAUAUAAAUUUAAAUAUAAAACAUUCAAGUCAUAAAAAUGAUAAGUGCUUAAUAUAUAAAGCAUUAAAUGUAGGAUAUAAUAUAGUUGCUUUAAGUAUAAAUUAUAAUAAUUUGAAGAAUGGGAAGGAUAAUAAUAAUAUGUGUGAUAUAACAUGGAAAGUUAUAAAUUGUACAGCAUAUAAUAAUAAUCAUGAUAAAAAGAAUAAUUUAAAUAAUAAAUAUGGAGAGAGGAAUUAUUUUAUUGAGCAAUUAGAUAAAAAUAAUAAAAUGAAUGAUAAUAUUUUAAAUAUAAAUAAUAUGAUAUCUGAAAAUUAUAUAUUAAUAAAUAGAUCAAAUAAUUUUUGUAUAAAAAAUAUAUGUGAUGAUUUUAUAUUUUAUGAAAAUGAAAAGGAUUUAUCAAAAAAGAAAAAAAAUGAUAUAAAUGAAUUAUUAUAUAAAUAUAUACCAAGAGAAAAUUAUGAUUUGUCUAAUAAUAUAAAUAGUUUUAUUUUAAAAAGAUUAAAUGUAAAAUAUCAAGAUGUUUAUAAAAUAGAAAAAGAAUAUAAUAACCUAAUUAAAGAAAAUAAUUUCGAUAUAAUAGCUUUUGAAAUCGAUAAUGCAGAAGAAAUAAAUAUGAUUAUUAGUAAAUUCGAUUGUGAUAUUAUAUAUUUUAAUAUGACUAAAUCUUUUGUAUCUCUUCGUAAAUCUGAUAUUCAAGGUGCUAUAGAUAAAGGAAUAUUUUUUGAAAUAUCAUCAUUUAUUAAAGGAAAUGAUGAUUUUCAAUAUGUUAUUUAUUCUUUAAAUCUAAAUAAUUUCUUUCUAACUAUACCUUUAAAUAAACUUAUUAUAAGUUCAGGGAGUUCUCAUAUCAAUCAAAUUAUCGACCCUUUAAAUUUUUUAAGAUCAUUCUUCAAUUUUAAUAAAUUAUCAUAUAAAAAAUUAAUUGGAUGUAUAACAACAGUACCUUUAGCUUGUAUACAACGAGCAUCAGUACGAAAAUCAUUAAACACAGCAGUUUUUUAUAAAAAAGAGGAUUCACCAGCAUUUUAA